UUAUGUUGGACACACACUAAAGUUAUAGUAAUUCAUCUAGUUGCAAGAAAAGCUUUGAUGUGGGUUUUUGCUCUGAUGAAAGCGCCUCUGGUCCGUCCUGCUAAUGCAUCAUUUCGGGUUGACUCCUUUAAGUGGGUUUAGGGCAGGUCCAGCUUUGAUGGAGCAACAAUUUUUACUGACCGCAGAUUGUCGACUGUAUUUUAAUUAUUGCCAGCGGGAGGUCAGCAUUUGAUCGUCCACUACACGCGUAUGGAUACAAUUUUAUUUUCACAGAUAAGAAUUGUUGGUGCACAAUACGAGCCUCGUGAUUUGGAUACCUGACCAUGGAAAACAUGGCCUGCAGAUGAGCUUGUGUGAGUAGAACACUGUAGUCUACACGAGUCAUAACCCUUUAUGCAUUUUUUUUUAACAAGCUGCCACUAAAACCAGUCACAACCAUCACUGUUGAGAAAAACAUGUGAUUCUAGCAGAGAAAUCCAUAAUGUUGGGGUUUUGCAACGCUAAAGGGGGCAUGGUCUUGUUUAUCGGUCUGCCUGAUAACGGGAACCUUCCCCAAAGAAACAAAUAGAAUUUUGGUGUGAAAACAGUGUCAGCGUUACUCAACAAAAUAAGAGUCUGUCAGCAACAGUUUUCACAAGCACCAGUCAUUAUCUCGUGGUAUGAGCUUGUAAUCCAGCGCUCCCUUUGUGGACGCUAUCCAUUACAACUUUGUAGCAUUUAUUUAAACAGCAGUAUCCGUGUGGUUGUUUUCAUAACCUCAAAAGGGAAAAACACAAUGAUUUGUCAUUUGGUCACAUACAAAAACAGGGUUGUUUUUUCCAAAGUCAAUAUUGACAGCAGACCUGGUGAACCUGGAUCUACGCACGUCAUGCAGGGUCAUCUACUGUUCAAAGCUGCUUUGUCAAAAAAGGUAUUUUAUAUCUGCCGCAAGCGUGUCAAUCAUUAACUCCGCUGGAGGCCAGAUGUCCGUAUAAAAACAGCUGGUUGGGAGAAAUGCCUUUAGAAAAGAAAAGUAAAGGCCCAGCCAAGUUAACGAAGAGGAGCACUGAAGAUGCCCGGAUUACACGAGAAGCUGACUCUCGUCGCAGCGGCGGCGGCUCUGGCUGUCUUGACCUCGGUGAGGUCGUCCCCGGUGGUGGGUCCGGAGCCCAUCCGCUGUGGCGCCUGUACGCAGGAGAUGCUCAGCGGCUGCCCCGCCGUCCCGGCGGACUGCGCGCAGGUGCUGCGGGAGCCCGGGUGUGGCUGCUGCAUGGCCUGCGCGCUGGAGAAAGGAGCGUCCUGCGGGGUUCACACGGCCCACUGCGGCGAGGGCCUCCGCUGCACGCCGAGGCCCAGCGAGGCCCAGCCGCUCCACGCCCUGACCCGGGGACACGGGGUCUGCACCGACGAGCCGGGCCAAGAGGAAGCUGUCCCUGACCACGGCUCCCUGGACUACCUGUUGGGCCUCAACCUUCCAUUGGACCCCCAAGACACUACUGAGGGCCAAGAGAGUUUCAGAACAAAGGUCAACGCCAUCCGCAACAAGCUGGUCCAAGAGGGUCCCUGUCACAUUGAGCUGCACGCAGCGGUGGACAUGAUCUCCAGCUCGCAGCAGAAACUCGGAGAGAAGUUCACGACGUUCUACCUCCCCAACUGCGACAAGCGGGGCUACUACCAGGCCAAGCAGUGUGAGUCAUCUCUGGUCGGACCGCCCGCCCGCUGCUGGUGCGUCUCUCCGUGGAACGGGAAGAAGGUCCCGGGGUCCAGCGACCUGCCGGCCGACUCGGAGUGUCAUCAGGAAGCCCGCUUCUAGAGGAGGGACUCACCUGGAGGCACGUGGGGUCGCAAUCAGACACGUUUUAACAGGGGAACGGGGUAAAUGAAAAUGAACCACGUGAUGAGCCGACUUCACUUCAAAAAAAAAAAAAAGGGAAAGAAACGGACUCGUUCGCACAAAAUAUGAAAUGCUAUUUCAGAAGAGGACAUUUCCUCUCAUAUUAUUUACAUGAUGUAUGUAUCGAGCCUUAUUUAUUCUCACUGGCAUUAACCAUGUGUUAUUUUUAGAUGUUUUAUAUGUUUGCCCGUUUUUUUCUCUCCCUCUUCCCGAUUGUAAAUAGGGCAACACUGUAUACAUUUGUUUUUCUCACUAAAUGACUCCAUUGCUCCAAACCAAAAGUCCACGGCUCUGCCAAGCCCAUUUCAGAGGUUUCAGGGUCCGUUUUUCUUUUUCUUUUUUU